AAUUCAACAUGGUGGAAAAUUGUAAAAGACGUUUUAGCUGUUUCGACAAAAACUGAAUUACAGCCACCAUGGUGAAGCCUCGUAAAAAAGUGCCACAGGCAUCCCGGGCUGAGCUGAUGUUACUGACUAUCUCUGAAAUUGUCAAUCAACUAAUUGAAGCGCAUAAUAAAGGAGAAGAUUCCAAUCUUAAUAAAAUCAAUGGUCUAGCAUCGCAACCGAGACUAGUUGACAUCAUCGCAGCUGUCCCUGCUGCCUAUAAAAAGGAUUUAUUGCCAAAACUUAAAGCAAAGCCUGUUAGAACAGCUUCAGGGAUUGCUGUUGUUGCAGUCAUGUGCAAACCACAUCGGUGUCCGCAUAUUAACAUGACUGGAAAUAUUUGCGUUUAUUGCCCCGGUGGUCCUGAUUCUGAUUUUGAAUACUCCACACAGUCGUACACAGGAUAUGAGCCAACAUCAAUGAGAGCCAUUCGUGCUAGAUACAAUCCAUAUCUCCAGACGCGACAUCGUCUUGAACAGCUAAAACAACUAGGUCAUAACAUCGACAAGGUCGAGUUUAUUGUCAUGGGAGGUACUUUUAUGUCGCUGGAUGACGAAUAUCGAGAUUAUUUCAUCAGGAAUCUUCAUGAUGCUCUUUCAGGCCAUGUCAGUAAUAAUGUGAAAGAAGCAGUUUGUUUUUCAGAGAAGAGUAAAACGAAAUGCAUUGGCAUAACAAUCGAGACAAGACCAGAUUAUUGUCUUCGAAAACAUUUGAGUUCAAUGCUUGAAUAUGGUUGUACAAGACUGGAAAUUGGUGUUCAAAGUGUUUACGAAGAUGUUGCACGAGAUACAAAUAGGGGCCAUACAGUUUUAGCGACUUGCGAGUCCUUCAAUAUGGCCAAAGAUGCCGGAUUUAAGGUUGUCUCUCACAUGAUGCCUGAUCUACCAAAUGUUGGCUUAGAAAGAGAUAUCGAGCAAUUUAUCGAAUUUUUUGAGAACCCAGCAUUCAGGACUGAUGGUCUGAAGAUUUAUCCAACGUUGGUAAUUCGAGGCACAGGUCUUUACGAGUUAUGGAAGACUGGGCGAUACAAAAGUUACCCUCCUGAUGUUCUGAUCGACUUGGUUGCCAGGAUACUAGCUCUGGUUCCUCCUUGGACUCGGAUUUAUAGAGUUCAAAGGGAUAUACCAAUGCCUUUGGUGACUUCCGGUGUUGAACAUGGUAAUCUUAGAGAACUGGCACUAGCCAGAAUGAAAGAUCUUGGAACAACUUGUCGUGAUGUUAGAACACGUGAAGUUGGAAUACAGGAGAUACAUCACAAAGUGAAACCGUAUGAAGUCGAGUUGAUUCGUCGCGAUUAUGUUGCAAAUGGAGGAUGGGAAACAUUCCUAUCUUACGAAGAUCCAUUGCAAGACAUUCUCAUAGGUCUUCUUCGUCUUCGUAAAUGCGCUGCAGAUACCUAUCGUCCUGAAUUGAAGGGGAAAUGUUCCAUAGUCCGUGAACUUCAUGUAUAUGGUAGUGUCGUACCUAUAAACGCUCGUGAUCCAACCAAAUUUCAACAUCAGGGUUUCGGCAUUUUGCUAAUGGAGGAAGCGGAGAGGAUUGCAAGAGAUGAACACGGUAGCGAAAAGUUGGCCGUCAUUUCAGGCGUUGGCACGCGAAAUUACUAUCGUAAAUUGGGUUAUGAACUGGAGGGACCUUACGUGACAAAAAUAAUCAAAUAGGAUCUCACAGGAUCAUGUCUUUGGUCACGUGAGUUUGUGAAAUGAUUGUUCGUCGUAUCGUAUCCCUUCGAAUCCUUUCCGGAAAUCCCUUAAAUGCCGAUGGAAUCCAUGAAUGAACUUCUGUGUCACACUUUCACGCGGUUUCCCAAAGGAUAUUUAUCGAGUGAAGUUUUUUUGUGCACGUUUUGGAAAGCGAAACAAAAACAAUUUCGUGAAACUCGUUGAGUGGCCAAUAUUAUUUUGAUAAAAUGCCCGCGCUUAUACAAUGAAGACUUAGUUAAGAAAAAAACUGAUAAAGAUAGAUGUUGCUUUCAAACAAGCUAAAUAUGAACACAAAUUAUCUAUAUGUAGCUAUUAUGACUUCGGGGAACUUAUUAACUAUUAUUCAAAUUGUUUAUUAUUGACUGAGUUAAUAUCAUGCUUAAUUCAAUCUUAAUAUGCUUAAUCCAAUCCUCAAACUCUCAAAUAAGAGAAUCUGUUUUAAAA